GAUGUACACAAGAAAAGAAAAGAAAAGAAAAGAAAAGAAAAUGAUGUCCCCUAGAAAAGAAAUAGUAGCGGUGGCUAUGGUGAUGAUGAGCUUCACAGUGAUGCUCACUUUGGCAGAUAUAGAUAAUAUGACUGAUGAGGCAUAUCAGUAUAAGCAAGAUGGGAUAUCUAUGGUUCCAAAAGGCUGUCCAAACAAGUGCGGCAACGUUAGCAUCUACUACCCGUUCGGAAUUGGGCACAACAAAGAUUGCUAUCUGAACGAGUGGUUCCUCAUAAAUUGCACCAAAUCCUCAGAUGGCAUGGAGAAGCCGUAUUUGAGCUCCUUUUCCGAUGGCAAUAACAUAAGAGAGAUUCUGGGCAUUUCCUUUGAGAGUCAGGCAAUAAUACUAAAACAAUCCAUCUCUCCCGUCUGCCAAACUACCACCCGGUUCGCGGAUGGAAGCAAUAUCACCAUAAUUCCCGAUACCAAAUUAUCCCAAACCCCAUUCUUUUACUCUUACAAUUACAACAAGUUCAUGCUUUUAGGUUGCGGCAACGCUCUCCUCACUUCGCCUGGCUACGAUAUCCUAGGCGGAUGCACCUCGUUGUGUGGCGAAUUCACGGAACGUCAACAUCUUUGCUACGGCAAAAACUGUUGUCAAAUCCAGCUUAAUGCAUACUACGAUGAUAUAAAAACAUACCAAAAAGCUUUCCGGGCAGCCGCCGGCAAGAAGAGCUAG